UUUAUUUCUGUAAUUUGUCAGAAUUUUCUAAUUGACAGGGUGAAGUAAAACCUGUUGGAUUGAGGUUGCCCUCCAGGUCAUUGUACAGAAUUGUGCUACGGGUGUGCAGUGGAGACGAGAUAUAUUUGUUGCUGUCAGGGACUACAGUUUAUUAUCUAGACGGGCAGUGGCUAAUAAUGGCAGUUUAAAUUUCAAGAGGAUUUGAGGAAAAUGUCCUUUAAUUCCCAUAUGCCUACAUUAUGGACUUAUUCCUCCACGCCUGCACUUUUUUUUAUAUAUAUAAUUUUAAAUAUGCAUUGUAAAUACUGAUAGAAGGAGGCUGCAAGCUAAGCCGACAGCAUUUAUAGUUCCAGCUUUAAAGACGAACUGCCUGCAGGAAGUAAUAACGAGCAGGGCUGCCCGGAGCAGCUGCCCGUGAAGGACUCCAGCGGCGGCAGUGACGGCGUCGGGCAGCGCACCCCGGGCACGGCUCGGAAGCGGGCACUGCUCCGCUGCCCCCGGCAUCGCCCGGCCCCAUCCAGGCCUGGCCGGCUGCCUCCCGAAGGGCUGCCGAGAGCAGCCAGGAGCCUGCUGCUGAGUACAUGGAGAGGAAAUCCUAAACUUCAUCGGAGGCAUAGACCGAGGAGCCUGUGCUUAUGCGCGAGCUCUCUCCCUUCUUUCCGGUACGUUAGCUGUAUUGCACUAAUUAUAUACGUGAGAGAAGCGUGCUGGAUGAAGUUUAAUUAGGAAUGAGCUGCUUCGUCAUGUAAACCCGGAGUGCAGCGCAGUUUGCUCAGCCUGGAUCGCCGCCAGCACCUGCGGGAGCACCCAGGCAGCGGGAAGGGGCUGGGAGCAGGGAGCAGAUGCCUCCUCCAGAGCUGCGAGCCUCGAGGAAGGGCUUGAAUUACAAAGGAAGGGAAGGGGCUGAGCUUCCCUCCCCCCCACCUCCCGUCACAAAGGGCAAUAGUCAGUUUACUUUAAUAAUCCCACUAUCAGCUGCAGAGGAAGUCUCGCAGUCCGGGAGUCUGCAAGCAGCUCGGAGCCAGCUGGGUAGCACGGGGCGAGCCGUGGCCGAGGGAGGGCACCGCCGAGGAUGGACUCGCGCUGCUCGCCAAGGAGCUGACUUUCCCAGGGAUCCCAGAACUGCUUUUCUAUCCCGAUCUUAUUUUUCGAUCCUGUGAAGGCUUUGAUCCCAUCUAAUGCCGAGGCUGAAAGAAUCACGCUCCCACGAGUCUUUGCUCAGUCCCAGUAGUGCUGUUGAGGCUCUGGAUCUCAGCAUGGAGGAAGAAGUGGUCAUCAAGCCGGUCCACAGUAGCAUCCUGGGACAAGACUACUGCUUUGAGGUGACGACUUCAUCAGGAAGUAAGUGCUUCUCGUGUCGUUCCGCAGCAGAGCGAGAUAAAUGGAUGGAAAACCUGCGGCGUGCCGUGCACCCAAAUAAGGACAACAGCAGAAGGGUAGAGAAUAUGUUGAAGUUAUGGAUUAUUGAAGCCAAGGACCUGCCAGCUAAGAAAAAGUACUUGUGUGAAUUAUGCCUGGAUGACGUUCUUUAUGCACGAACUACCUGUAAAUUGAAAACUGAUAAUGUCUUUUGGGGGGAGCACUUUGAAUUUAAUAACCUCCCAUCGCUCAAAAACAUUACGGUGCACUUAUACAAAGAGACUGACAAGAAGAAAAAGAAGGACAAGACCAACUUCAUUGGACAAGUGAACAUCCCUGUCAGCUCCGUCACGGGCCGGCAGUUUGUGGAGAAAUGGUACCCCGUGGUCAGCCCCAACCCCGGGAAGGGCAAGUCCCCAGGGCCCAUGAUCCGCAUCAAGUCACGCUACCAGAGUAUGAGCAUCCUUCCCAUGGAGAUGUACAAGGAGUUUGCCGAGUACAUCACUAACAAUUACAUGGUGCUGUGCUCGGUGCUGGAGCCCUCGCUGAGCGUGAAGAGCAAAGAGGAGAUGGCGUCCGCGCUGGUGCACAUCCUGCAGAGCACAGGCAAGGCCAAGGAUUUCUUGACUGACCUGAUGAUGUCUGAAGUUGAUCGCUGUGGUGAGAAUGAGCAUCUCAUUUUCAGGGAGAACACACUAGCCACCAAAGCAAUCGAAGAAUACCUGAAGCUGGUGGGGCAGAAAUACUUGCAAGAUGCCUUAGGGGAAUUCAUCAAGGCUCUGUACGAAUCAGAUGAAAACUGUGAGGUGGAUCCCAGUAAGUGUUCGUCUUCGGACCUUCCUGAACAUCAGAGCAACCUGAAGAUGUGCUGCGAGCUGGCCUUCUGCAAAAUCAUCAACUCCUACUGUGUCUUCCCAAGGGAGCUCAAGGAAGUUUUCGCCUCGUGGAGACAAGAAUGCAGCAACCGUGGCCGCCCAGACAUCAGCGAGCGACUGAUCAGUGCCUCCUUGUUCCUGCGGUUCCUGUGCCCAGCUAUCAUGUCCCCUUCCCUCUUCAGUCUCCUGCAGGAGUACCCGGACGACCGCACUGCGCGCACUUUGACCCUCAUUGCCAAGGUCACCCAGAACCUCGCCAACUUCGCCAAGUUUGGCAGCAAAGAGGAAUAUAUGUCCUUCAUGAAUCAGUUCCUGGAGCAUGAAUGGACUAACAUGCAGAGAUUUCUCCUGGAGAUUUCCAAUCCAGAAACCAUCUCAAACACAGCUGGCUUUGAAGGCUACAUUGACCUGGGCCGGGAGCUGUCCACUUUGCACUCGCUGCUCUGGGAAGUCAUUUCUCAGCUGGAGCAGGGCACUGCAACAAAGCUUGGGCCUCUGCCUCGGAUCCUGAGGGAUGUCAACUCGGCACUCAGUAACCCAGCCUGCGUGCAGGUCUCAGUCACAGCCGAUCACACUGCAUCCACUCCUAACGCUGGCAACAGCAUCUCUGCGGGGCUACAGAAAAUGGUGAUAGAGAAUGACUUAUCUGGUCUGAUAGAUUUCACCCGGUUACCAUCUCCAACCCCUGAAAACAAGGACUUGUUUUUUGUCACAAGGUCUGCUGGGGCCCAGCCCUCGCCUGCCCGAAGCUCCAGUUACUCAGAGGCCAAUGAGCCCGACGUGCAGAUGUCUAACGGCAGCAAGAGUUUGUCCAUGGUGGACUUGCAGGACAAUCGGCUCUUGGACAGCGGGGCCAACGCGCCCGGCGCUGCCGACUCCCUCAAUGACAGUCAGUCGUCCCUCGGGCAGUUGCAGGGCGUAUGGACCGCACGGACUCAGCAGAGCAGCGUGACGGGCAUGGCCACCGUGCGCCGGGUGGGCCAGACGCCCACCACGCCGAGCGGCGAGAGCGCGCCCGGCCGGCCCCAGCUGCUGGCGCCGCUCUCCUUCCAGAACCCCGUGUACCAGAUGGCGGCCGGGCUGCCGCUCUCCCCUCGCGGCCUGGGCGACUCCGGCUCCGAGUGCCACAGCUCGCUCAGCUCCCACAGCAACAGCGAGGAGCUGACGGCCAACAAGCACGGCUUCGCCGGCCCCGCCGCCAGCGAGGACUUCACGCGCCGGACGGGGGAGCUGGCCCGGCGGCAGCUCUCGCUGACGGAGAAGGGCGGCCAGCCCACCAUGCCGCGCCAGAACAGCGCGGGACCGCAGAGGCGGAUAGACCAGCCGCCCCCGCCGCCGCCGCCGGUCACCCGGGGCAGGACGCCGCCCUCCCUGCUGAACACGGUUCAGUACCAGCGACCCUCCAGCGGCAGCAUGAUGUCCUCCUCGCCCGACUGGCCCGGCAGCGGGGCCCGCCUGCGGCAGCAGUCCUCCUCCUCCAAGGGCGACAGCCCCGAGAUGAAGCAGCGCACGAUGCACAAACAGGCCCCUUCUCCUGUGAACCCCAAUGCCCUGGACCGCACUGCUGCUUGGCUUUUGAAUAUGAACAUGCAGUUUUUAGAAGAUGAAAGCAUUGACCCAGAUUCCAAGCACAGGGAUAAGCUCAGGAAUAAGGACGAGCUCAGCCAAGCAGAAAAGUACCAGCAGGACCUAGUGGUGCUGCAGGACAAGCUUCGCAUCUCCAACAAGAAGCUGGAGGAGUAUGAGACACGCUUCAAAUGCCAGGAGGAGACGACGCAGAAGCUGAUGCUGGAGUACCAGGCCAGGCUGGAGGAGAGCGAGGAACGGCUCCGGAGGCAGCAGGAGGAUAAGGAGAUCCAGAUGAAGGGCAUCAUCAGCAGGCUGAUGUCAGUUGAGGAGGAGUUAAAGAAGGACCAUGCAGAAAUGCAGGCUGCCGUGGACUCCAAGCAGAAGAUAAUUGAUGCACAGGAGAAACGCAUUGCUUCAUUGGAUGCUGCCAACGCACGGCUAAUGAGUGCCCUUACUCAGCUGAAAGAGAGGUACAGCAUGCAGACACGUAAUGGGAUCUCCCCCACAAACCCAACUAAAUUGCAGAUUACAGAGAAUGGAGAAUUCAGAAACAGCAGUAAUUGUUAACCCGUGGAGGGCGCUGCCGCAGGAGAGGAGGCCUGGCCAGAGAGACCGUGCAGCAGCAGGUGUGAGCCGCGGCUUCAAAGAACGGCUGCUCUCUCCCCCAGAGAAACCAGCUCCUUACUGCGGACGGCGCGCUUGACUGAGCCUUUGUGGGAGAUGCUAAUGCCAGCACAUUGAGGGGACGGAAAGAUCGAGUGUGAGAUGAGUGGCAUAAGGAAAUAAGAGAUAUUUGAGAAUCGCUGUCACUGUUGGAUUUAAAUCAGUGUUUAAUGUUUAAACAGAAGUAACCUUUUCCUUCCAAACUGCCCAAAGGAUAUGCCUCACCCCUCCCAGCAAGGAAUAAUGUCCUUGUCAUUGCAGGAAGCGAAAUAAAGGGAGCUGGGCAGAGCCUGCAGCAGGCAGCGGCCCACUCAGUGCAGUUAGAGCGUGCAGCUGGCUGCAGCUGCCCAGGGGCGGCAGGAGAGCCUGCCCCGCUCCUGUGACUCCCCCUGGAGCACAGCCCUGUCCCCAGAGCAAACCCCGCGCCCGGCCGGCCUUCCUUACGUGGCUUUGUGAGGCCACUGGCUUUUACAGCACGUAGCUAUCUGCAGGGCAUUUACACAGCAAAUUAAUGUUUAAUUAACUCCGCCCACGCAGGGGCCACAGUCCAGAAGAAUGGUCAGGGCUCCCUCGGCGCAACGCGGUACCAGAGGGGUGUUGCAUGGGGCACUGCGGUGGCAGGGCGGUGGAGAAGGGUCCGACGGCGCUGCUGGGGCUGCGGAGCCACCGCGCAAGCCCAGGGAGCGGAGCCAGCCGGAGGCUCUGCACGCAGGUGCAGGGAGGAGCUGGUACCUGGCGAUGGGCUCCCUGGGUCCCCUCGCCAGCUGCUGCUCGCUCAGCUAAUGGGGAAAGUCUCCAUAAAGCAGUAGUUCAGGGCGCUGCGUUCCCCGCCACACGCCUAACCACAGAAUAAAGUAAAGGUUGCCUGAGCUUUGUCCCUGAGCUGUGAAUGAGGUGCAGGGUCUGGCUUUGGUGGUGCCCAUCGUGGCACGGGGGAGUGACGGGCUUUGUGACACGGCCAGCGUCUUGCUUGACAAAGGGUUCGUUAUGGGGAUGUAAUACUCUGUGCGGAGAUUUUUACUGUUUCUGGGGAGAAAAACAGGCAAAGAAACAAGAACAGCCCUGAAGACCCAUGAAGAUCGGUAAUUGUAUUUCUUUUCUUUCACAGUAUGCAUUAGAAAAAAAAAGAGCCCAUUUUCUGGAAUACUGUCCUCUUUAAAUUGGGAAUGAGCACUGCAUGGAAAUUAACCGGCUUGAAGAAUGUAAAACAUGGUCAUAAGGGAGUAACCAACAGGAACAGCAGCCACCACCGAGAGCCCCCUUGUCAGGAGCACUGUGCAGGCAUAAGCCAGGAUUAGACUUUUCCUUGCUGCUGAAACACGCAGAUUCGGCACAUUCAGACACGUUGCGCUCAGCGGAGGGGUCACCUCCUUAACGGGGGAUUGUGCCGCUGACCUGCCGCCACGGUGUGUUUGUUGGUUUGUGUUUUUUUAAGUUAGUCCUUCAUGACUCCCAGUCUCAGAGCAGGUCCCUCGUACCGCGAGCCCAGAGAUUUUCUCUGAGAUAUGGAUGACAGUGUACAGUGUACAGGACAUCUGCCUUUUCCUCCCACUAAAGUUUAACACUGCUGACCGCCUGUCCUAGCUCCUCCUGCCAUGUGUAAAUGUCCAAAGGGACUAGGAUGCUCACUGCGCUCUGCACAGCUUAGGUACCGUCUCCAACCUCUCAGUACCCAGGCUGCCCGAGCAGGACGCUGUUUGCCAGUAAGCUCUGCAUUGCCAUGCCACCUCACAGCCGUAAGGCUCAUUAACAGCAUUCUUCCACAUGCAAUUGUUUUCAAAAUUAAAGCUGCUUUUUCUUUUUGUAAGCGUUUUUCUGUUGCCUGGAAGCCCUGGGCCAAGCCCGGCGCGGCUGCACCUGCUGCAGCUCUGGUCCUUGGAGGAGCGGACGUGUUGCUCUGCACUGAGGUCUCCGCGCCCAGCCAACGCCUGCAGAGUGGUGCAAUCACACAGCAGACCCCAACAGGAGCUCCUCAGAGAAAAGUAAUCACUAAGCAUUUAUGGCAAGUACAGUCACCUUUGAAUUUGGAGACUAGCACAGAUGGCUUUGAAGACCCACACAAAUCUGACAAGGUUACAACUGGAGAAAGACCCAGACAGGUUAGGAAUACACAGGGUACUGGGAACGGUUCGGUACGUACACUUACCAGCUGCCGUUGUCUCAUACACACUGUUAAGAACCCUGCAAAAAGACUAUUUUAAACUGCUGUUGCCCUGAGAUGUGUUUUUACAGCUAAUUGUUUUUGAGCUCCAACAUACCGGUGUUGGGAGAGACGAAGUUUUUCAAGAGCCAAGUAACAUAGAGGAAUGGAAACGCUCCCAGAGCAUGGGGCGGGCGCCCCACCAGCAGCGUUCCCAUUCGUACAUGGAAGUAAUGUUGGGAUGCAGUCAGUGCUCUCCGUAAGAGCUGGAAAAAAGAACCACCCACAACACAGUUGUUUAGCACUGAAGCUAAGCAAAGUGCAGCUUAAUCUCCUGCUCAACCACAAGCCAAGGCACUGCUUUUAGAUCCUUCUCCCUCCCCCCUUUUUUUCUUUUCUUUUUUUUCCCCAGGAGCUGUCAGAAACUCCCAGUUAACCUCAAAGUUGCAAAUUACUGAACACAUUGUUCUGCUGAAGUAGCAGGCACACUUAAGUCCUUCCACAGUGAGUUAUUAAAAAAAACAAAACAGAAAAAACCUUAAAAGUUCCAGUGCCAAUACCUUCUGGAGUUGUUGCUUAGUUUCCUGAGCCAGUAUGAAACAAAACUCAAAUCAGGAAGCGGUCUCGUUACAGUGGAGAGCCCCCCGCCCCUCAUCCCUGUGUCGCCUUCCCCUGCAAGUGUCAACAACUGGACCUAACUACCACCCUCCCCUGCGAAACGCUGGGGAUAGGGUUUAAGAUCCAGGCUCAGCUCAGAUCUGUUACUUCAGUUUGUGUUCGUUAUUUAUAAACUGUACAUUUCUGUGUGUGUGUGUGCGUGCACGUGUGUGUGAGCGGGAGCCAGCAAUGCGUGCGGUCAGCGCAGCGGGCAGGGUACCCAGCUGCGGCCUCAGCCCUGGGAGCUGGCGCAGCAAUACCGAGGCGAUGACACCGGAGUAAAGCAACCACUACGCGUAAUGUUUUGUGAUCUGCUCCGUUUCCUUUUCCAUUCUUGCGCUGUCUACAAUAAGAAGCUGUUCUAGUGCAAACUUGUCAAAGUGUAAACAACACUAAAACACACUCAGAUUUUUAUCUUAAUACAAGUCUUAAUAUUUUUUUGUAAAUGUUUUCAGUGUUUACUGUAACGUAUCUAUCUCACUAACAGUUGUAUAUAGUAAUUUACUUCUGGUGCUGCUUAUUUGGUCAGGAUUUGGCUGUAUCAAUGCUGUUUAGGUGAGGUGGACUCAAGCUAGCAAAUUUGGAUCCAGCCACAGGUUAUGAUUCCACCUCUUCCCCUUGGGCAUCUGAGGGAAAGGGAAGGGAGAAAAGCCAGGGAUCCAGAUUUGGGGUUGGCCCACCUCAAGGAUUCUGUUUUAAGAGUUAUGAUUUGGGGUUUUGUUAAACUGUAGUGAACACUGCUGAAAAAAAUGAGCAAAAUUUUGUGUAAACGGGGAUGAAAAGGACUGAACAAUACCCCAACACCUCUGCUGACUCCAAGUACCAUCUUUUUGGACAGGGAUUAUGGCUUAAGUUCAGUGCCAACCAACUGGAGGGACCUAGGUCCUUCCCCACGCCAAUUAACACUACAGCGUAGUCACCAGCCCCUUUUGCAAAGCCUGCUGCCAUCCAAAGAGCCCUUCCUUUGUCACUGCAUCGUCAUUGGAGUCUGGUUGGGUUUGUUUUCUGCUUUUGCAGCUGUAAAGCACUGAUUGCACUGUGAGAACGCGCUGAAUCCUCUGGCCUGGCAGGCAGCCCGGUGGGUCGCGCAGGGUGCGGGACGCAGGUUGUGCUGCUAUGGGGAGGCUGAAGGGAGAAGGGACUCGGUGGGCCCGAGCGAGGCACCACAGGCGCUCCUAGAAAAGAAAUCAGCAACUAGUCCAGAGGCUUUUCCUGUUACUUAAGUCCAUACCACGAUGCAACAAAACAUAACAAAGUCUGAUCUGUGACCGACAAGGAAAGGAUUUUUAGUGCCAGAAGGUGGAAAAUUCACUGCUGUAGUCUGCCAGGAGAGCCCCCAGGUGCGGCUCGGAUGAGAUCUGCAAGGGGCUCGUUUCCCACUGCGCCCCUGGGGCAGGGCAGCAGCCCCUGGGGCUGCCUUUCUGAACGCGGUCCUGCAGCCAGCAGCACCCAGCAGCUCCCCCGGGAUCGCUGUGGCCUUGCCUCCAGAGCACGAAGCAGCCGGUACAAGGGCACAACUGUGACACUGCCCUCGGGGUGAGCGUGAGGUUUCUUGUGCAGCACCCCAUCCUUCCCCCUGCAGUGGCUGUAGUGCUCAACCUCUUCCCAAAGGUUUGCGUUCGAAGCAAUCUAGGACUGCACAGCACAGCACCCUGGCCGGUACCAGGCCCUGACGUGGGGCAGCGUGCAGGGGCUCACGGGCACCAGGAGGAUCCUUUUCUGGCCCAGGCAGGGGCACUGCCCCUCCAAGCGGGUCCCUGACUCUUCGGGGCAGUUUCAGAGCAGGCUGCUCAGCCGCAAGGCUUGGCCACGCAGUUCCUGCCCUGCCCUGAGAAGCAGCCAAGCCCUGCGCUAACCCUGCACAGAAAUCUGUUGCCUUUUCCUUUUCCCUUGCGGAAAAUAUAGGGGGGUGGGAGGGGUGGGAUGAUCGAAGCAUGCUAACAUGCAGCUCACAGGCGUCCAUCCAAACCAAAUCCAGUCUUGAGGGUGUUACAUGACAUUCAAAAACAACCGUGCUUUAAAAAAGGUGUCAUGUUGGAGCAUUGACCUUCACAGAUGACCUGAGCUGUGACACUGCUGUAAAUUCCACGUGGUUCUGCAUCAGCUGCCAGUACCCCAAAGUGCAGUCUCCAUGUUCACAUAUUCCUUUCUCAUACAUCACUGUGUCUUAAGAUAUACCUCUCUCUGUAUAUCUGCUUAAGCUGAUACUUGUUCCUGAUAAGCAGUCGCUAUGUUUUAUAUCCUCUUAUAAAGAAAAAUUUUUUUUGUAAGUAUGUUUAAAAACAAAAAAAAAAUGCAAAGUGGAAGUGUUUGCUGAAUCUCCUUCAGCUCCUUUUAAACUAUGUAAUAAUGUACAGAGAAAGUUGUUGGUGUUCAAAGAAAUGAUGUGGCCGUGCAAUUUAUGUACAUUUGCAAUUAGAAAUAUUAAAGAUUUAUUUAGAUAUUUUAUGUAAGCGCUCCAGCGCCUCUACUCAGUCAUUCCCAGUCUCUAGCUCCACGGCACACGGCAGGGCUGGGGCUGCCCGGCCACGCUCAGGGUUCCUGCAGGCCUUCCCCACCACCCCUCUCCUCCCAAAGCCCUUCCCUUGGCUUCCUCCUAGAAGUGGCGGAAAACUUGGAGGAGUCAUUAAAACCCUGGGUAGCACCAGCACCUCUGCCUCGUUACCAUCACGAUAAUUAGCUCCUAUGAGAGAGGGGGAAGACAAGCUGGCUGCCUCAGGACGAGCCAAGAUGUGGCGAGUGCCCGUGGCUGUCCCCGUGCGCGGUGGCAGCUCUGAGCCGGGCGGGUCACUGGGCCCUGCUGGCUUCCGCCCAGCCCAGGUGCUUGACGCUUCUGUACCUGAGUGCCAGUGCCCGACCCCUCCUCGUGACACACCUGGGCACUGGCAUUGGGGUUUUGGGGAGGUUUGAGCCUUUUGUCCUCACACCAGAGCCUCUGCUGCCUGCCUGCCACAGGGCCCUGCAGAGAGCCCAGUGGCUGAGCCUUGCUCUGUGCCCGCACCGCAGCACGGCCUGCACCAGGUCGGCCAUUCCCAGCUCCUCCAGCCCCCAUCUCUGCUCCCAGCGCCUCCUCCCCUGGUCCCACACCAGGCUGGGGAGCGCUCGUCCCUCUGAAUUCAACCUUGGUGGCUGUGAAGGCUGAGAGAGAGAGAAGAGAAUUCCCAGGAAGAAAUGCAGGGAUCUCAGCAACUGCUCCAAAGAGGGAUUAGUCAGUAACACCUUGAUUUGAAUAAAACCUCUUUAGCGGUCUCUGUUAUGGCUUCAUCAGAGCAGAGCUGAAGUCUCAGCUGAAAACACCGAGAACAGCUCCGUGCUCUUGACAGCUUUCAGCAUCUCAGGCUCCUGGCAUCUGGCUGCAGCCGCUCCCAGCGGGUUCCAGCUCCAGCGCUGCUCAGCAGAAGGGCAAGGCUGGGAGGAGCGAGCCUCUGAAUUGCAAAUCAGCAGCCAGAACAACAAGGGGAAUACGGGGCUGGGAGGCUGGGGAUUCCAAAUGGGUUUGCUUGAGCUUUUUAAAUCUGGAGAGUCGUUUUAGCCCAAGACUCAUCAGCAUUAAUAAUGCUCCAGUAAUUGCACGGUACAGGUUUGUGCCGAGUUUAGCUAUGUCAGAGCGAACAGACCGCAGGCUGCUCGUGGUGCCAGGCAGCUUCUUCUCCAUCACAGCCCCGUGAGCAGCACAGCUCCUGCUCGGAGGAGGCUGAGGCGAGGCAGCCACGGAGAUCAUUAUUAAUCUCCAGUCUUCACUCCUGUCAAGCAUCUUUCACUCGUGGUUUUCCAAGCCCUUCACAAACACUCAGCCCCCAGCCGCUCUGCAGUAGAUGAAUGUCAUCAUCCUCAUUUUCA